GCCGUCGACCAGCAGAGCCGAGACCAAGAUGGCCUGGGUAUGGUAGGGAGCGAGUAGGCAGGUAUGUGAGACCAGGGCAGUCCGGCCCCCGGAUAGCCACAGAAAAAGAACAAUUCCAUGACCGGGGGGCAGACAGCCAGAUGAUGGCCGACGCCUCCAAGUUCCAGCGUCCACGGCCAAAAGGUACCGUACCCGUUUGCGUGUACCCGCCUCGGCCGGUACCUCGCCAUGUGCCCGGCGCACCCAAGACAAGGAUCUACCGACAGGGCCUGGCCGAAUCUUGCCACCCCCCUUUAUCGUCUGGACAAGGGGGGACGAGCAGUCCAGUGGCGGUACCUUGAGAAACACCUAGAAUCAGCGGCGAAGCCAGGUACCCGGAGAAAUCGAUCUCCUGGCCUUGCCCCUCCCCGCCCUGACGAGAAGUCGCCCACUCGUCGCCAUUCAGCGUCAGGGGCUGAGAACCUCGUGCUCCCAGCAUGCCGGCGCCAUCGCGAGCGGUCAGCAACAGCGCAGCGCCGGCUCCUGUCGAAGCGAGGAGCCAGAGAAGCGCACUGGAGCUCGCCGGCCGAGAAUUUGAGCCCGAGCCUUGACCUCUGCUUAAGGCGACGGACGCAUGGAGCUUGAUAUCAGUUCC